AUGCAUCUCCUCCCAACAAUCGCAGCACUGUCUGCAAUCAUCACCCACAUCCUAGCAUCCCCCCUCAUGGACACAUUCCUCCAAAUUCCCGAACUAUCCACAUACGCCCACGUCUACAACCUAACCGGCGGCAUCGUUGAGAUCAACCCACUAUUUACCAAACGCUACAACUACGACGAAGACAAACGCAACUACACCUUCCUCGCCCCCACCAACGCCGCAUGGUCCAAAAUCCCUGCACCCAUCUUCGACAUCCUCAUGACCCAACAAGCCUACCCCCUAACUGAAGCCCUCCUACGCACCCACAUCAUCGAAGCCCGUCUCACAGCCUCCGACCUCACCAACAUAAUCAGUACCCAAGGGGCCGGAGGCAUCGCCACCUCCCUCCAACUAUCCAACACAACGGCGCAAUACCACCACGGUAUCUUAACCAAAACCGUCCAGGGGUAUUACAUCGACUCCAGGACCUCCUCCAACUGCACCGUCCAGAUCGAUGACCAGGCUGCCAUCGUAACACCAGACAUCGAGGCAGAUAAUGGCCUAAUCCAUACAAUCGAUCAGGUCAUUGACCCAUUCCUAAUCUACGGCGGAGGACCGAGUAAUCGAACCGCCAAACCCACAAUGGAGACAACGAACUUGACUAUUGGUGGCCUCUUAGCCACCGACUCCCGCCUCGUGAACUCAUCGAAGAUCCUCAAGAUAAACUCCCCUGAUACCCUGCGCCGACUAUCGACACAAUCGAACGAGAAGCAGUUCUUCGUGGCUCCGCAUAACGAAGCCUAUGAUCUAAUGCCUACAAUCCUUCCUGUAUUCCACACCCUAGUAGCACCAUACAAAAGCCCCUUUAACACUCUAAUGUGGCAAUACGGGUGGCUCGAUAGCAACGGGGAAAAGCUUUCCGGGCUAUCUUUCGAUAGUCCUCUGACGGUGACCAGCGACAUCACAGGGCUAAACCUCACCGUGACUCAGUCAAACGGCGCCAUAUUCAUCAUGAAUGCGGGCCUCGUCACCCAGGUAGAGACCUCAAAUGGGUAUUUGUGGAUUGUGGAUCGGUGGUUGGAUCCGUUAUAUGAGGCUUUUGGUCCGGUUGACCGGUUUGGGAUGUUGGAGUGGGUGUGAA